UACCAUCGCAGAUUGGAUGGCCCCGUUAUCGAUACUCCGUUUGGACGAAAACAAUUCGCAGCGCAUGGGAAAUUCAAUAGACAAUGGACGAUUUUGUUAAAAACCUCAUUGAGGAGGUGAAAUCGCAGGGCGUUUUCGACGAAUUUCGUUUCAACUGCUGCCUGGCCGAUGUGGACACCAAGCCCGCAUAUCAGAAUGUUCGCAAUAGGGUGGAGACGGCUGUCAACGACUUUCUGGCCAAACAACGCUGGACGCCAGACACAAACAAGGUCCAGUUGCGUGAAAGACUACGCAAGCAUUUGCUUGACUCCGAUGUCCUGGAAAAGGGCGUGGAUCAAAUUGUGGACCAGGUGGUGAAUCCGAAGGUUGCCACCAUAUUUGAACCAAAGAUCGAAAGCAUUGCCUACAAGUAUCUAGGCAUAACACCGCCGCCUCCGCCUACCAGUGCCCCGCCACCAAGGCCGACGUUGCUGCCAGCGCCGCCGUUGCCGCCAUAUGCUGGCCACAUGAACGGCAGCAGCCUGCUAAAUGUGCAGACCUCUGCCAGUCUACUGCCAACCGAUCUGGAACAAAUCAGCCCCGACUCUGACCGCGGUACAGUCCAGUCCGAUGGGAAGGACGACAGCAAAGAGGAUGAUCUGCCGCCGGGUGUGGAUGACAGGAACUUCGAUGACGACACUUCGCCAUCAUUUGAGCCUUUAAGCGAGGACAAGCCAGCCGCAAGUAAGGACGAUCUGAACAACGGCUCCUUAAAUACCAUGGACUCGGUGAAUGGUGCAUCGCAGGCCUCGCAACUGUCGCAGGUGUCCAGCGAUAGUCGCCUCACCAUGGCCUCGUUCUCCGAGUCGGUUGUGGAUGGGCGGCAGCCAACGCCCACCAGCAACAGCGUCGAACUGACGCCCAACAUGGCCGCUAACAUAUCGGAGGAGGCGCAGAUGCCAAAGUUCAGCGAGAAUUCCAAUGAUGCAAGUGGCGGGGACCACUGCAGUCGGCCCUUGCACUUUGACAUCAAGCAGGAUGCCAUUACAUUCGAGGGCACCGAACGCAGAAAUUCCGUGUCGGAGAACACGAACGGUGGCUCCCAGGCUAUGUCCAUUGAAGAGGCAAUUAUGUCCGAGGUAAAAGCCAAUAUUGAGGAUGCCAGCAAUGCUUCCAUCGAGCCUGUAACUCCACGGGAGCUGGAACAGCCAGCUCCACCAAGUUUUCACGCUUUUCCAAUGCCCCAACCACCUCCGACGCCACCGCCACCACCUCAGGCGCCACCGCCAGCACCUGAGACGCCCCCGCCGGCACCAAAGACUCCACCGCCGGCACCCAAAACACCACCACAAGCUCCAGAGCUGACAGUUCCUGAGGCAGCAGCUCCGCCAGCUCCUCAGGAGCCACCACCGGUUCCUGAGAUGCCACCGCCGGCUCCCGAGGUCCCACCACCGGUUCCUGAGGUGGCACCUCCGGCUCCUGAGUCGCCUCCACCCGAACCUGAAACGACAGAGCUACCACUGGCACCUUUGAUCAUCAACGAAUCUGUCUCAGAAGCGAUUGCGCAAGAACUUAGUCCCAAAGAGAACAAAAUCCCAGAGGCCGAGUCAAAUGGAUCGGAAAUCGUAAGACAAGAAUCCCCUCUGACACCCACCACUGCCACAGAUAAAGUUGAAGAAGUAAAAGAGGAUGUGGCCGUAAAGCUGUCGCCGCUGAAUGAUUUUGAGGCUCCCAAAGAAGACGCCACAAAGUCACUGUCAUCACAGUCAAAGAGCAACUCAAAAGACAAGGACAAGGAGAGGGAUAGACGCCACCAUACUAGCACUUCGGAUGAUAAACAGCGACGGAAAAGCCGGGAGCCGAAGGACCGUGAUGCGGAUCGCAACCGACAUAAAUCGCAGAGUAAACAUUCCUCCAGCUCCAGCUCGAAGCACUCAUCAUCGCACUCCAGCUCGAAGCACAAGGGCAGCAGCUCCAGCAGCGCCCAGAAGGACAAGAGCUCGUCGUCAACCUCGUCGAGUAGGAGUCAUCGCGAGUCGUCGUCCUCGAAGCGUUCAGCCUCCACAUCCUCGUCACGCCACGAAAACUCGUCCUCACACAAGAAACACAAGUCCAGCUCAUCCUCGUCGCGCUCUGACCGGGACAAGGAAAGGAGCAAAGACGGCCAAAGCCAGAGCCAUCGAAGCCAUCACAGUAGCAGCAGCAGCGGCACCUCAUCCAAGAAGAGAGAUCACGAGCGUAGUCGUGACCGGGAUCGUAACAAAUCCACAUCUUCAACGAACUCCACGAGUGCAGCGCCGCCCGUCGUUCAAGACGAUCACAACGAGAUCAAAGCAAAGCUACAAAAACGCAGGAGCUCGGACUCUAACGAUGAGGGCAAGCCGCCGCCCAGCUCUGGCGGGGCCGCGCCCCUAACCCCACUGCCCGAACCCAGUACGAUCAACGAGAAAACUGAUGCCCCUGUCCAGUACGGCGAAAACUCGAAUGGCAAUACAAAUGGUGGCAGCAAUGGUGCCACCGAUAGCUCUGCCAUUUUGAGCAUGGGGAGCAGUGUCAUCAAUGUCAGUGACAUUCUACAGCAAUCAACGACCAGCUUCAUUGAAUUGUGUGCCGCCGGUUCUGGUUCUCAGUCCAAGAAGGAUGCGGAACUAGUCGGAAAAGAAUCCGAAGACAAGGCGGAGUCUGUGGCAAUGGAAACCGAAUCAGCGCCAACAGAGUCAGAAGAGUCAGCUGCCAAAGAAGAGGAACAGAAGCUGGAUGAAGAACUGGUAAAAGUUGAAUCUGUUGAGAAAGUGGAAGACUCCCCUGUCGAGGAAGUGUGCAAAGAGGCUGAUGAGAUUUCUAUUGAUUUAAAACAAAUAGAGCAGUCACCGACAGACUCUGAGGAUUCCCAAAUAGCUGAAAAGGUAUCGGUGGAGGCAACGACUGAAGUAGUCAGCAGCUUGGAAAGGCCAGACUCUGGGGAUUCCCAAGUAGCUGAGGAGACACUGACAGAAGAAGCCAGCAGCUUGGAGACGCCCGUGACUUUAGAUGAAAAUCAGGAGGUUGCACCAGAGUCUAGCGAACAAAAUGAAACACCAACUGAAACCCAAACUGGGGAUGUUUUACACUUUGAGCAGAACACCGAGGAGUUCAAGGCACGCCUGGAAGUUAUCAAUCGACUGAUUCCAUCAUUGGAAACUCUCUUGAACGAGUUAAGUGAUUCGCUGCCCAAGGAACUGGUGGAUGUGCGCAGCUUAAGGCAAACCAAAUCAAAGCGUAGAUUGGACAGCGGCGAGGUUGGACACCGACACUCCGCUGAGAGCGAGAGCCAGGAAAGUAUGCGUGAGACGACACCGCCACAGUCCAUAGAUCCGAGUAGCAGCAGCUCUUCAGGCAGUCCCGUGAAAAGGCUGCGUCGCAACGAGCCGAAGGCCUCACCCACGCCCUCUGACGGCAGCAUUAACUCCAAGGAGAACGAAGCAAUAGAGAAGCAGGAGCCUGACGGAGGAGUGUCCGCCAAGCGACUCAGCCAGAAGCUCUGCCAGCAGCAGCGAUACACCAACGAUGAUCUCUACAAGCCCCGUCCAGUUCUGUCGCAGCGUUCGCGUCGACGUGGCUUGGAUGCAAUCCUCUAGCUAAGAAAAACAAAUCAAA